AUGUGGCUUCUCCUUCUGGUCCUGACCUCCCUCGCCACUUCCAUGGCUUGGGCAGGGCAACCACCCUCACCGCCUGUUGUGGACACCACGCAGGGCAGAGUCCUGGGGAAAUAUGUCAGCUUAGAAGGUUUUGCACAGCCUGUGGCCGUUUUCCUGGGAGUCCCUUUUGCCAAGCCCCCUGUUGGAUCCUUGAGGUUUGCUCCGUCGCAGCCUGCAGAACCAUGGAUCUUCGUGAAGAAUACCACCUCUUACCCUCCCAUGUGCUCCCAAGACCCAGUGGCGGGGCUGAGGAUCUCAGAGCUCUUUACCAACAGAAAGGAGAACAUUAACCUCACGUUUUCCGAAGACUGUCUUUACCUAAAUAUUUACACUCCUGCCGACUUGAGGAAGAGAAGCAGGCUGCCGGUGAUGGUGUGGAUCCACGGAGGAGGUCUGAUGUUGGGCGGGGCAUCAACCUAUGAUGGGCUGGCCCUCUCUGCCCAUGAAAACGUGGUGGUGGUGACCAUUCAGUACCGCCUGGGCAUCUGGGGAUUCUUCAGCACAGGGGAUGAACACAGCCGGGGGAACUGGGGUCACUUGGACCAGUUGGCCGCACUGCACUGGGUCCAGGAGAACAUUGCCAACUUUGGAGGGGAUCCAGGCUCUGUGACCAUCUGUGGAGGGUCAGCAGGAGGGGAAAGUGUCUCUAUUCUUACUAGCAACUUGGAUUUACUUCACUCUUCUUGGAAUACAUGUGAAAAACACCAGAAACGCUCAAAAAUGGGCAUAAUAGAAGACACCUGUCAGGCUGCAGAUGCCGGAGCCCCCACUUACAUGUAUGAGUUUCAGUAUCGCCCAAGCUUCUCAUCAGCCAUGAAACCCAAGACGGUGAUAGGGGACCAUGGGGAUGAGCUCUUCUCGGUCUUCGGGGCUCCAUUUUUGAAAGAUGGUGCCUCAGAAGAGGAGACCAAUCUCAGCAAGAUGGUGAUGAAAUUUUGGGCCAACUUUGCUCGGAACGGGAAUCCCAACGGGGAGGGGCUUCCCCCUUGGCCACUGUAUGACCAGAAAGAAGGGUACCUUCAGAUUGGCGUCACCACCCAGGCAGCCGAGAAGCUGAAAGACAAGGAGGUGGCUUUCUGGAAUGAGCUCCUGUCCAGGGAGGCGGCAAAGAAGCCACCCCAGUUAAAACAUGCUGAGCUGUGA